AGUCAAGGUCACAUUACUGAAGUCUGUUUUGGACAACGAAGCGAUGUGUGUUAAAACUUCAUCAAAAUCGGCAUUAUAACAUAUUGGACAGCUCCAAGAAUCUGGAUCGGGUAACAGAGCGACACUGGUAGGGAUGGAUGACUACCCAGGUGAUGGCCAGGACCCUGGGGUCAAUGAUGUGUCGUCCGCCGACCUACAGAGCACCAUCCCCGACAUCGGGAUGACGCAUCCCUCCCAGCUGGUCGCUUGGUCUCAAGCCCACGCUGCAGAAGAUGGUCAGUAUGGAGGGUUUGUGCCAAACGCAGGAUCGCAAGCUGUGUACGAAGCUCAGGUCACGGAUAUCGUCCAGCAGGCCUACCUACAGUCUGCUCUUGCCCAGACGGAUCCUGGAACCGAUAAAUUUACAACCUAUUCUGUUGAUUCCAGUUUGGAUAAGAGCUGUGAAGACCCUAGUGGCUUUUCCCGAUCUGUUGACACUGAUAGAAGGAAUUAUGAGCUGCUCAGAAGUAAAGGUUUGGAGAUUGUACAUACUGUGGUUCUAGAUGAGCAGACGGCGAAGUCUCUGCCACAACAGACUCUUCAUCAACAUCAAGCAGAGACAACCUACAGACAUCUUCCGAAAAAUAUUAGUGACAGUUUACCACUUUUUGAAAGCAACACCCACUCAAUGAACCAAGACAUUAAAGAUGUUGCUCUGCUCCCCAAAGCUGGAAUGACAGAGUAUGGGAGAGUUAUGCUGAAACACCAGCAGAACCAGUACAGCUCCCACAGCAUGGGCAACACAGUCAUGAUGUCCUCGCCCACUUGUGUGGACACACAGAUGAAGAUGGUCGUCAAUGUUCCCGCCAAGAAGGUGGCUGAGAAGGCGAAGACGACCCAGCGGCCGGUGAGAAUCAAUCCGGCGGAGGAGGUGGAGCUGUAUGACCAGGAAUGGGGGGACCAGACCCGGCUGCUGCUGUUCAACUUGAUGACUGAGCACAAGCUGUGUGAUGCUUCCAUCUCCACGGGCAAGUUUACUAUCAAGCUCCACAAGCUGGUGCUAGCCAUGUCCAGUGAGCGGUUCGCGAGCCUCCUGUCGGAAGGCAUCGACUCCAGGUUUGCUAGCAUCAUCGUCCCGGUGCACAUCUCUGAAACUACCCUGAAAGUGUUUGUGACGUUCCUCUACCUUGGCAAGGUCAAAGUUAACCUUGGAAUAGUGAAAGAGAUAAAAGUGUUAUCCAAAAUAUUUGAAAUCCAUAAUCUGGAACAUCUGUGCUAUGGGAUCAUGAUUAAGCACAACAUGUCCACCAACGUUGGAAGCUGGCCUAAGUUGAAGGUGUCAUUUGAGAACUCAAGCAAGAAUUCCAAGAAGGAUCAAAAUGUGGGGACAGAAGAGAGUUACUUCAAGGCAAUGUCUGAGAUUGCUAAAUCCCCUUUGCAAAGAGCGAAAAGGGGUCGACCCAAACGUGGACAUAAGAAAAGGGUUACAGGGACAAUCUCAAAAGCUGCAGGGCACAGAUACGGCACCAGGGGAGCGACUGCCCCCAAGGUUGUAGAGGAUGUGUGGGAAGAGGAGGAAGAGGAUGAGGUAGAGGAGGAGGUGGUUGGGCCUGUGGUGAAGGCAGGACCAAAAGGCAGAUUUCAGGCAAGAAACGCUGCCAAGGAGUCCAGUAGAAGAGGCAAGCCUGGGCAGACUGUUGAGAAAUCCAUAAGUUUUAAUGAUGUGAAACAUGGUUAUACCCUUACAAAGUGGAAACAGCCCUUGGGUGCUUCGGACAUAUUGCUGGAGAUGGCCGAUGCUGGUGAUAGCAUGGUGCUGGACAUGGACUCCAUGGACAGAGGGGCGGUGGAGGAGAGUCCAGUUCCCACUCUUCAGGGCAGGAAACAGAAGCUGCUUCAGUCCGUGGAGCUAGGCUAUAAGGAGGUUAGCACCACUCUGCCUGUUACCAUGGAGACAAGCAUGCGUGAUACGACAAUUAUUGUCACACCGAGUAUGCCUGAAAUAAUCACUAGCAGCAUCAAUGAAGCAGCUGAGGGGAACUAUGUUUGUGCCAAUAUGGUGAUGACUCAGCCUAUCCUGGAUGAGGUACCUGGAAAUCCAGACACUGCAUCUGAUGCUUUGACAGGGAUGAAGAAAGGCAAGAAGGGAAGGGCAAGGAAAUUGCCUCUUCCGACCCAUGUGGCUGUGAGACCUCCUCCAAAGAAGAGAGCAAAGAUGGAGCUGAACCGCCUGACGAGGGAGAAUGAUGAGGAUGAUGAGUACGACCUGCCAAUGAUCUUCCUCAGCCCGAGUCCGAGCCCAGCCAAAGAGCUGGAGAAGCCAGCAGCUCCCAGGAUCACCAAGCCCCGACCUAAGAAGAGGAAGAGAUGGCCCAAAGCCGACAUCACGAGCCAGCUAGCUAGUGAACUGGAGAGAAUGGCGGAACACAUUGAGGAGGGUGAACGGCAGUAUAAGUGUGAGCUGUGCGGCAAUGAGUUCGUGUUCCCGAAGCGGAGCGUGACUCAUCUGCUGAACACUCACGAAGUUACGGCCGAUGAGGUGAUUAGCAAUGUUGUGAUACGCAGGAGGGAAUUUAGUCCCAAAGUUUGUGAUAUCUGUGGCUACAAGACUAAGGAUCCUAACUUCUACUACAUCCACUACCACAAGUAUUUCCGGCAUGGCAUUCCGCUGCCACAAGGGUGGAAACCGUUUACCUGUGACAUCUGUGGCAAGGAGUGCUUCACCAAGUUUCAGUUGAAGGACCACAAGCUGAUCCACCAGGAAGAGACCCCGUUUGUGUGUGAGGUGUGUGGGCAGGGAUUCAAGAGCAGGACCUGCCUCAACAGUCAUGUCUUCCACAGACACAGUGAUGAGAGAAAACAUUCAUGCUCCGAGUGUAACAAAACUUUCAAAACGAAAACCCAGCGACUUGUUCAUAUGAGGACACACACGGGGGAGAAGCCGUUCAGCUGUCCCGAUUGUCCGUACAAGAGUACGACGAGAGGCAACAUGAGGCUGCAUCUUUGUAACAAGCAUAAAUAUGACCCUGAACGUAUCAAGGCCCUCAUGUCCCAGCUGAAGACGCUGGAACCUGGGUUUGAUGCCCAUAAGGUGUAUAUUGAAACUGGAAGCCUGGAUCAGUCAGGUAUGGCACAUGCAGCCUCCGACACUUCUGGGAUGGCAGACACUUCGCUGAAUGUGCAAGACACUUCCUUGCCCACGGCUGAAGUUCCACUGACCCUGACAGCCACCGCAGCUCUAGACAGAGCGGUCAAUGUCAUCGCAGCAGAACACGCAAUGCAUGCCAUUCUGCUUCCCCUGUCUACAACAGACUCGGCCACGUCUCAGAGCAUCACAACCUAUGCAGUGGAGUCCACGAUACCCAUCACUACCAUUGCCACCGAGACCCAAGUCCCUGAUCAGCCACCCUCCUCCAGUCCGACACUUAGCCCUCAGAGACAGCACACCAUGGCCGCCAACGCCAGCCACUUCUACAUGCAGCAUUCUCCCAUCAGCCCUCCCCCACCCUCCGACUCCCCCCACACCCCCUACCCGGUUGUCACCAGCUUGCAGCAGGCCGUGUCGCCUCUCAACCUCCAAGCUGCUCAAGUAGUCACAACCUUGACCCCAGCAUCUGUCCCUCAGGUCUCGACCCCUGACUCCACCCAGACGUACGAGACAGUGACUUCAGUAGGCAAUAACCAGCAGCCUUAUGAUGCAGCUAUGAUCCAGGCAUAUUACCAGCAGCAGCAGCAGCAGCAGCACCAGUUCUAUCCCCAUGGAUACAACUAGGUGAUAAAACACUAUUUCAGCUUUUGCACAGUCAUUGGUGGAUCCAGGAUUUUAAAAAAAGAGGUGCUCCAAACCAACAACCAAAUCAACAUGUUAGGAAAUGCACAUACAAAAUGUCUUCAGAUGUUAAAAAAAAGAGGGUGCCACCCCAGAACCCCUCCCUCUGGAUCUGCCACUGAAAGUGGAAAGUUGUCUCCCCUUUUUACUGGACCCCGUUCCACAUAGUGAUAUUAAUCGUCAUCGUUUUAGGGCAGUCGAAUUUUGUAGACAUAUUCAGGGUUUUUACGCAAUACACAGAUAUUAGUCCUGUAUGCUAAAAAAGAAUGGACUCGAAAAAAAUAUUUACUGGGUCCCAAGGGACGCGCAAUAAUAUUUAUUGUACCUACAGAGUAUUGAGAGCAGUUAUGGUAGUCUGUUAUUUUAUCCAGCAAAUAUGACCACUGUCUACAUGAUCAUUGAUUCAUUCCAGGCUCAUAAGUAGUUAUCUAAACGUACAGUACACUAAACCGUUUCAUUACUUUACUGGACCCUCAAACUGCCUGCAAGGUCCCUUAGAUUUCUAAUUGGGGGCUUCCUAGGCCCCUACUUCACAUGUCUAGGUAAAACCCUGCGGUGUUAGUGCUACGAGGUGUUAGUGCUAAGAUUGCUUUGUGGAUUAGAACCCAGGGCUGUAAUGAUUUACUGAAGCAUUCAUAUCUGUGCAUAGAAAAACAUUGUGAUGUGAGGUCAUGUUCUGGUAUGGUACGAUGCAUAGAUAUUAAAUAAGAAUAAUAUUACAUUGUUACAAAAUGAAUUGUAAAAGUAAUAUUUACUGAUACAAGAUCCCGGGUAGAAUAGGUCUUCAGGAACCCAUCCGACUAUUCUUGUCAUAAGAGGCGACU